AUGCUCAAACGAGCCCGCGCGUCGUCUCCCUCACCAACCUCUGAUAUUCCUCUUGUGGUUGACGAAGAUGUUCCCAGAAAGCGCGCUCGUAUAGUUCCACCCUCUCUCAAUGGUCAAGAGCGCUCCGCCACUCUACCCCAUGACUCGGAUGACGGAGAGGAAGACGAUCCUAGAGAAACCACCAGCUCAGUCGAGCAAUCUAUCGUUAAUACUCAGUACCAACAAGCCAAUACUUUCCUUCACGAACUGCAUACCCUCCAUCGUCAUCGCCUCAUCUUUGCCUCACCAACACCACGCUAUCCAGACAAGGGCAUGUUGCCACAAGUGCAGUGUAAAUCAGAGCUGGACCCAGAAAGUGUUCAAAUCCAGCAGCGAUACGAAGAAUCCAACAAACUCCUCGGCAAUCUGUUCCUAAAUCGACGACGCGAACGAGAGCCCUCAUAA